AUGGACAGUCCCUCCCAGCAGCAAAAGCUCAAUCGAGCACGGAAGGUCAGUGAAGCGCUGUCGGUCCUUCACCUGAUGUUGUGUGGGUUUUCUGGAUCGGCACAAACAACCAACAUCAACUGCCGGCCAGCCAACAUGAUGGGCGAAAUCAAAAUGUCCCCUGGGGACAAGCUGAUCAUCGAUCGCGCGCCGGAUGGCACAGCUCAGCUGAGACACAUCGCUUACCAGUACGAGUAUGACGGCAGCACUGCCAGUGCUCAUGUAAAUGCCAACGCCAUCACCCAGCAUCGCGGAUGUUCAGAACCGCCCAGUAAACUCAUGAAGCUCGAAGAUGGACAGGGCAUCAGCACAUUGCCAAGAGGUGUGGACGUGGACAACUCAUCAAAAGACGGACCAGGAACAAGCGAGGCAGGGGGAGGCAACAAAUUGACAAUCAUCGCUUCGAAAGACCUCGAGGACAUCCGGGCGGGGAUCGUGGAGUCUUCGAAUGAGAAUGCGCAGUUGAGGCACCAGCUCGCGAUGCUGGAAAAGAGGCUGGCAGAUGCGGAGUACCAUGCUCGGUUGUAUUGGCAAUGCGGGAUGGAUUGGGCGAGGCAGGAAAUGCAGUGGAUCGAGGAGAGGGAGAGAUUGUUGGGCCGUGUGAGGAUGCUCCAGCAACGCAUGCUGGCGGAGAAGAGUGUGCAUGAGGGUGGUGGUACAGCAGGAAAGAGUGAAGCCGCCACUUGUGGUGUUGUUGCAGGGAAGAGUGUGCAUGAGGGUGGUGGUACAGCAGGAGAGAGAGUGCAUGAGCGUGGUGGUACAGCAGGAGAGAGAGUACAUGAGUGUGGUGGUACAGCAGGAGGAAGAGUGCAUGAGUGUGGUGGUACAACAGGAAAGAGUGAAGCCGCCACUUGUGGUGUUGUUGCAGGGAAGAGCGAGUCCGCUGGUGGCGGUGGUGGUGGUGGUGGUGGUGAUGGCAAGCCACGUUUUCUCCAGCCUUCAGCCAGAUACGAGGGUGUGAUGGUCGAGAAUGGGCAAGGUAUCCCUGGGCUUGGUGAUGGACCAGCCUCCUCGAAUAAGGGGGACAUGAUGAGCUGCAAAGCUGCCCAAAGUGAUGCUGGAAAAGAGUAA